AUGUUAGCCGGAUACUUCUGGUCCGGCAGUGAUGUGGAAAGAUUCCUUCCCCUGGCCAAGUUCAUGUAUUGGUUCUUUCUCUGGGACGAUGAAAUUGAUUGCGGUCGACUUGCAAACGAUGCCAAAGGUACACAAGCUUACCGCGAAAGCACCCUCGCGUUUCUGAAACGCACAUUAGAGCCGGAUAUGCCCGAGCCUGGUCCGAGCUAUGACGCGGCGGACCAUAAUAGCGGGUGUUUUGAGGAAAUAUCCCCCGCCCUGCGAUCUGGGACCACAGUUGAGUCCCGGCGCCGGUUCGCAGAUUCUCUUUACGACUACGUGGACUCGGUGUGCGCCGUCCAAGAAACCCGCGAAGAGCGGUUACCCGGCCUGGGUUGCUAUUUCGCGAACAGAGAGUUGUCGAUCGGAGCGUACCCUUGUAUCAUGGCGAUGGAAUUUGCAUAUGACGUUCGGGUCCCGCAUUGGAUCUAUGAGGAUUCGCACAUGAGAACCAUGUUUCGCGAAACGGCCAUCUCCUGCAUUGUGUUAGGACCCCUCAUCCCGCGGUCUGCUUUGACUCGGCCGCAGCUGACAGGGAUUAGCGUUAAUGAUAUUAUCUCGCUGCGGAAAGAGCUGAUUGCGGGUCAAUUCGACAGUGUCAUCCCACUGAAGAUGCUGCAUGAUCCUUCUCUGAGUGCGCAAGACGCCAUGAACGAGGCAUGCCAAGAUUUGGUCCGAUCGAAAAGAGUCUUCCAGGAAGCCGAGUCCUCACUGUCGGACAGUGACGCGUUCAGACAGCUGAGCGCGGCUACCAAGGCUGAGGUUCGCACGCUCCUCACGGGGUGCAAGAAUAUGAUGGUGGGCAACGUGAAGUGGUCACUCGCGAAUGACCGGUAUCUUUCUCGGAAGGAUUCCCAAGAUCGCGCCGUUCGACUCCACCUAUGA